GUUUGAAAAGGUGUGUUUUGAGUCUGCGUCGAAAUAGAGGGAGGGAUUCUGCUGUCCUGACAGUGGUAGGCAAGUCAUUCCACCACUGAGGAACCAGAACGGAAAACAGGCGUGAACGUGCAGCUCGACCGCCAGGUGCACGUAGAGAGGGAACCAUAAGGCGACCAGAGCUGGCAGACCAGAGUGGUCUAGCUGGGGAGUAGGGAGUGAUCAAGGAUUGUAUGUAAGGUGGGGCAGUCCACUUAGCAGCCUGAAAUGCCAACACUAGGGCCUUGAAUCGGAUGUGUGCGGCAAUAGGAAGCCAGUGGAGGCCAAUGAGAAGCGGGGUGACGAGCCAAUCUGGGCUGACUGGUGAUCAGGCGGGCUGCAGCAUUCUGGACCAGCUCAUAUUGCACAGCCCUAGUAGCCUAGUGGCUAAGGUGCAUGACUGGGGCCCAGAAGGUGGGGAUUGUCCCCUGCUUAGUCUAAUUGAAACUGUAAGUCGCUUUGAAUAAAAAAACAUCAGCUGAAUAACAAAUGAUUAUUAUUUGUAAUGUAACUCAUUCCUGGGCCAAGGCUGUCAAAAUGAUGUACACUUGAGCGUUGUACAGUUCUCAAUUACCUUGUGUCUCCUUAACUAUGGUAUAUGAAGUUAUGAUGCUAUAAAUUUAUUGUCUUAUUAUUGUGAGUUGGCAUAUUGGAAAAAUAUAAUUUCUAUUAGUGUGCAGUUAUUAGUAUAAAAUAGAUUUUUGCAUUCCAAAGAAGCUGCAUUCCAUGGGCUAGUGCGACCACUAUGGCUGUGGCUAUAUGCUGCUCUCUGGGACAACCUGCACUACAGUCAGCAAUCCAGACCUAAGGCCAACACCUAAGAGCAACAUCUUAAAAGGGGCUUUGGGAGUGGCCGUGGGGUACCCCUUGGACACAGUUAAGGUGAGAAUACAGACCCAAAGGAAAUACACAAGUGUUUGGCAGUGUAUUCGCAGCACCUGUAAAACGGAAGGGGUGAAUGGCUUCUACAAAGGCAUGUCCAUGCCGGUCUCCACUGUCUCCAUCAGCUCCUCUGUGGUGUUCGGGACCUACAGGAACUGCCUGCAGUGCCUGCGUCAGUUGCGUGGCGGAAGUUUGGAUUGCCCAUCCUCUAAGCUGGAUAUCUUCCUCUCCGGAUUAGCAGGAGGGGUUGCGCAGGUAUCAGUGAUGGCCCCGGCUGACAUUGUGAAAGUACGCCUUCAGUGCCAGACGGAGCCUUAUCAAGGCUCAGCCUCACACUCCAAACCCAAAUACCGCGGGCCCGUGCACUGCCUGCUGUCUAUUGCCCGAGAGGAGGGUGUCCUGGGCCUGUACAAGGGUGCGAAUGCUCUAGCGCUCCGGGACGGCCCCUCCUUCGCCACCUACUUCCUCACUUACAACAUCAUCUGUGAGUGGCUGACACCGGCUGGACAGAAGCCAGGGUGGACGGUAGUUCUGCUGGCCGGAGGGUUGUCAGGGAUGUGUGGCUGGACCUUUGGGACGCCGAUGGACGUGAUCAAGUCUCGCCUGCAGGUGGACGGGAUGGGGAAGCGGAGGUACAGAGGCUUUGUACAUUGCAUCACCGAGAGCUUGCGCAAAGAGGGCCCCGGAGUCUUCUUCAAGGGCCUGGGGCUCAAUUACCUGCGUGCCUUCCCAGUCAACAUGUCCGUGUUCGGUGCAUACGAGCUGGUGGUGUACAUCCUCAGGAUGUGACCCUAGACAGCUGUGGCCCUGCCUGAUGGCUGGUCUCUCCAGGAGUGCUUGUAGGUCUGGAGGAAGUGGUCAUAGGAGAUCAUGGAAAUUAACCUAACGACAGUAGCUACAGAUGCUGUUUCUGACGAUUUUGGGGUAGUCAUGAAUUAAAUAAUUUAUUAUUUGAGUGUGGGAAUAUACUGUGGGAAUAUAUAAGGGCCGGAUUUACGUACAUGAAGCUCGCAGCAGUAAAUCUGGCCCCAUGGGUUUUAUUUCCAAUACUUCUUAAGACAUUUUAAAAGAUAAUGCAUCAAAUUCAGUAUCAAAUUUUAAGGUGAGUGCAACAACAGUGUUGUUUUCGUAAAUGUCCAUUGAUUGUUGUUGAAAUCAUUCCAGCCAUUUGUAUUAUGGUAUAUUGUAUUUUUCACUGAGCUAGCUACCUCACCAGAUUGGUCAAAGUCAAUACUGAUAGUGAUGCCUUUGUUACAAUACAUGAGCUUGUACCUACUUUAUUUUGAGGUGCCUCCAUAUUAACACUUUUAAACAAACCGGUAUAGUGAUAGAGUCUACAAGUAUGCUUGAACAUAGCUCUAAAAAUGGUUAUAUUUGCUAUCAAUUUCUCUGGUAUGCUAUACCUGAGGAGACCUGUUUCAGGAAUGUACUGGGAGGCCUCAAGGCAGUCUUUGCAAACGAGACUGAACACCUCAUUGCUUUCUAAGAAGGGAAAUGUAGGAGACCGAACCUGUAUUUAUUGCUGGUAUGAAAAUUGAUUAAACUGGAGAAAAACGUGAGGGUCAUGCAUUGUCUUCCGAGGCUAAUGGUCAGUCGGCUCUGGGUCCUAUAGUCAAUAAACAUGUAGCUAUUGGAGAAAAAUUGAAUUAGGCAUGUACAGCCUCAAGUAAAUGAUCAGAGCUUAUACUAGAAUGCAAAGUCAUAGCUAGACAUAUAGGUACAGUAGCACAGUGUAGUUUAUAUAUCAAUAGUCAAAUCGGCACCUUCAGCUGUCUGCAGGCGAGUGGAAGUGUGGCUUCUCUCUGCUGCUCACAAGACUCCGUUGCAGUAGUAGAUUCCUACAGAACAGGCCUGUACUUGUCAUAUGAAAUGUGGGAAAUGGCUAGACAUUGACGAGUACCAUUUUAAGGCCCGUCAGAAUUAAAAUGAUAUAUUUGUGAAUAAUUUUGCAUACUGCACAUACUUCACAUUCAGAUGACCAAGUUAACCAUUUUAUAAGCAAAGAUUUUAUAUUAUAUGACACAUGAAGGAAUACUCUGAUUUAGAACUGACGGAAAUGGUUGAGAAAUGUGACUGCCAGAAAAAAAACACUGAUUAGUGUGGUGAUUUAUUUUUUUAUGUUUAAUUUUUUAUUUAAUUGGGUUAGUUUAUUUUUAAUUGUGUUAAUUUAACUGUCAAAUAUUAAAUAAGGUUUUUAUUGCGUGAUUUGAAAAAUGUGUGAAUAAGAAAUGUGUGAAGAUAAAAGCAUUAUG